AUGUCGUCGAGUGAAAGCGAUUCUGACGAGGCCGCCUAUGGUGAUGAACAUAUUGACAUCGAAAUUGAUGAAGGAGAUGAUUCAGAGUCGACAAGGGGAGUCAAUAUUGCGAUCAAGACUCGGAAACCCAAGAACCGCUCGCGCAAGUCGGUGCAAGCCCACAACCCUCCACAGUCUCUGAUGAAGACACAAAACUUGCCGAAUGUCACCCGAGCUGCUCGUCCAGCUCAUGUACUCAUCAAUUCCCUCCCUUCGAGAGACCAUCGACACCGUCCUGGUGGCAUUUGGUAUCCCCCGUGCAAUGUCGUUCGUCUUUCCAGGAGACCAGUGCCAUUUACGCCGGUAGACGUGGUUCCUACCACGAGUAUCACAGAACCUCGCAUCGAGCGGCGUACCAAGAAGGCUUGGAUGUACUGCGUCUCCCCAGGUCCAUGUUGGGAACUCUUGGAAGAUCGUACAUUCUUCAAAGAGGAAUAUGCAGAUGACAGCGGAAAGUUUCGCAUAUCUCGACCACACGUCUAUCCAUGUCUCUCGCUGAGCAAAGAGUCCAUCGUAAUGCUCGAUGCAGUACAAGGUCAACAAUAUAUGCCCGAAGGUGAUAUGAUAGACUGCCUCUUGGGUCUGCGCGGUGCACAAACUCUCCACAAAUUUGCAGCCCUUUCCUCGAUUGCAAUGGCGCUCACAUCUUAUAUGCUGGUGAUCCUGUCACCAGCGUUGAUUGGUGCCCAUUUACAUCAGACGCGCUUCGAGCUCGCAAGAGUCAGCAGAUAUUGGCCGUCUGUACCCGAAAGGCCCAUUCAAGGCCCAUUCUGGGUACUCACUACAAUUCCCCUGCGAAUAUUCAGGUGUGGUCCUUCGAACAGUCUCUAUCGUCAGCAGGGUCACACGUCAAAUGUCUCACCGUCAUUUGCAUUGACGAAGGUCCAGCUUUGCAAGCAAGAUGGUGCCCACUUCCGACGCAUACCCAGGGAAGAGGGCACAGCAACCACCAAGAUUCUGGGUAUUCUCUCAGCGGUGACCAUGGACGGCAACGUGCACAUAUAUGCAAUCCCUGACGUUGGUGGUGGUGUUGAUAUCCCGCGAGUGAAAAUACAGCCUAUGAUUAACCUUUCGCUUCCCAGGACGACCUGUCAAGCUCUGGACUGGGCGAACAGUCAAACAAUUGCUAUUGGUGGCGAAAAUGGUGAGCGAGAAAUGGGUCAGCCUCAGUAUCAGAAGACAUUAAUUUCAUAG